GCUGCGGGCGCAGGAACUGGGCGCAGCAUGCUCGCCGCCGUCAGGGGCCUCGUGCGCCUCCGCCUGGGGCGCGUCCCCCACUGCCCCGCGGGAGCGCCUCCAGAAGCCGAGCGACGGCCCGUCGCGUCUCUCCGGCGCAGAGGUCUCCGGCGGUACUCCAGCGACGGGGCCCCCAGCGGCUCGGGGCCCCAAGGUUCCGGGAAGAUCCACAGGGUCCCCGCCGAGCACACGCCGUCGCAGUUCGACAAGAAAAUCCUGCUGUGGACCGGGCGUUUCAAAGCGAUGGAGGAGAUCCCGCCUCGGGUUCCGCCAGAAAUGAUAGAUGCUACAAGAAACAAAGCUCGAGUGAAAGCUUGUUACAUAAUGAUUGGACUCACGAUUAUCGCCUGCUUUGCAGUGAUAGCGUCAGGCAAAAGGGCUGCAGAACGACAUGAAUCCUUAACAAGUUGGAACCUGGCAAAGAAAGCUAAGUGGCGAGAAGAAGCUGCGUUGGCUGCACAGGCCAAGGCGAAAUGAUCCUCUGACUGACAGGGUGUUCCUGGAAUGUCAUCACUAUUCUCAGCAAACAUAAAAGAUAGGUAAAAUAGGAUAGUUAAGAAAACAUUUGCUGAUGUUUUAUUUUAGUGACAAGAACCACAGUCUUUUUUAUUUUUACUUUUUAGUAAACUUUUGUUGUUGCAUAACAUACAUUCAGAGAGUUCACAAAAGUGUAUACAGCUUGAUAGAUUUUUACGUAGUGAACACACCUGCGUAACCGCUGCCAAGGUCGAGAUGUAGAACAUCAGCAGCCCCUCAGAAGCCUCCUUCCUGCCCUCUGUCAGUCAUGACCCUCCAAAGGUAACCAUUGUUGUGAGUUCUAUCAGCAUAGAUUAAUCUUGCCUGUUUUUGAACUUUAUGUAAAUGGAAUUACACAGUAUGCACUUGUGGAUUCUUAUACUCAACAUUAUAUUGUGAGAUUCACCCACAAGUUUUUUGAGUUCAUUCAUUUUUAUUAUGUUAUAGUAAUCCAGUGUAUAAAUAUGCCACAACUUAUCUGAAUAUUUAGUCCAGUUUUUAGCCAUCAGAGAUAAUGUUAAAACGAACGCUCUGUGCAUGUCAUUAUAUGUUGAAUUAAAUCACUAAGGGCUCUUUCAAACCUAAACGAAUUUUCAACCAAAGUUCUACUGUAUUUGGUGACUGGAUAGGCCCUCUGGGUAUUCUUUUUUCCCAGUGAACUUUUAUUCUAGUUUGCAACUAGGUGAAACAAGUUUACAAAGUCUUAUAAACCAAGAACUAUUCAUUUCAAAACCUAUUCUAAAAUGAUGAAAGUACUAAAACAGUUAUUGUAAAAGCAACUUAAAAAAGACAAAAACAUUAGAGAAAGAAAAAUAGUAUGUGCCAGUGGUCUUCAAACUUGAGUAAGCCAUAAGACAGCUUUUAAAAUUAUGUCUCUUCUCCUCACACAUCUUUAAUUUGGUGUCUGUAAUUUUAAAAUCAUAAACAUGAGUAGUUCAAGUGA